AUGGAACCAGCAAAUCAGGAAAAACAACUUCCUUCACGAGGAUUAAAGCAAGUAAAAGUAGAUAACUGGGGAACUUUCUUUCUUCAGAGAUUACAACAGCUUUAUUUUGAAGAAGAAUUACUUGAUCUUACAAUCAAAUUUCCCACUAGUGAUAUCACUGUUCAGGCUCAUCGUUUAGUAAUAACAACAUGCACAGAUUAUUUUAUGCAACUUGAACGUGAGCAAAAAGAAAAGGAUGAAAAUUUUGAUGGAAUAAUCAUUAUGCCACCAGAUAUGCCAUAUGAAUGUGUAAAAUCAAUUAUAAGCUUUAUGUACACUGGUCAGUUAGAAUAUUGGACUUCAGAGCAACAUGCUUUGUAUCGUACAGCACAGAAAAUGAAUAUGACAGUUUUAACUAAAUUACUUGAUGCACAAUUUAACACUGCUCCUUUACAAAAUGAACAAUCAAUGAAGUGUAAUACACGAUCAGUUAUAGCAGUUUCAAAGCCUUCAACACCUAGCACAAAACCAACAAUUACUUCCACUCCAUCAGGACUUUCAAAUCAGCCAUUACCAGGUAGAAAACUUCCUAUUUGGAAAAGAAAAUUAGAUACAUCACAAAAUAUGUCAUCACUUAAUUAUGAAAUGCGAACAUUCCAUGGAAUGCCAUCAACAAAUAGACCUACAGAAGUAACUCCUGGACCUUCUCGAUUUGAUCUCCCUGAAGCUGAAGAAUUUGCACUUGGAGUGUUUUCAUCAUUUGAUGAUAUUACAUAUAAUACAAAACCUAUUGUUCAAGCUCCAGACAAAUAUAAAAGAGAUAAUUCGCCUAGUGGCAAAUGUUCUCCAGAUAGAGAAAGUAAAAAUGAUACAACUGAAGACGAAGAAGAUGAAGGUCAUUCAAAUGAGAAAGGUUUAAAAGAAAUGAAUUCAGAUGAUGAUUGGUCUGUGACUAGAUCUUUCCAAAGAGGCCAGGAUACACAACCUUCGCCAUCUAAGAGAGUACGAUUUGAUCUCGAAGAAAAAGAGAAUAUGGAGAAGGGAAAAUCAUCUUACAGAACAAAUUCAGAAGAUGCGAUAAAUAAUCAUGCGAAAAUUAUUCGAGAAGUAUUGAAAAAAUAUCCUCAUUUAGUAAAAAAUAAUAAGAAUAUACGUUUGAAAAUCAUGCAAAAAGAAGCAAAAUCUUCGGACAGUAAUUCAGCAAAUAAAACAAAAGUUUCUUAUGUAGUUUUAAAAUCUGAUCAUUUGAUGUCAAGUAAUAAUAGCGAUGAAACCGAGUCAAAGAGUAAUGGAAGUGUGGAUGGUGGCGAAACUGGUCCUUGGAAAUGUAACAAAUGUGAUUUAGAAGAGGAAUAUACAAAUUAUUAUAUGUAUAGAAGGCACAUGCAAGAUGUACAUGAAGAAAAAUUCGAUCCGCGAGUUUGUGAACACUGUGGCUAUAAAGCAACUAAACGAAACAUUUUAAUGUAUCAUCUUUACACGAAACACAACGUGCCUCCUCCAAAAAGUAUGUGUUUCCCGAAAUGUCAAGCAUGUUCUUAUGUGGCACUUUCGGAGACAUUAUUGGUAAGACAUCAAAUCAAUCAUAAUCAUCGACCAACAUCACGUCAACAUUCGUCAACAGUUGAGGAAAUUCAAUGCAUGCAGUGUUCACAGACCUUCAAAGACGUUACUGAAUUAACAACUCAUGAAAUUAACACAGGUCAUGGAAAUUUGUCAGAUGGCAAAGAAAAGGGUCAUCGUUGUACUCAUUGUGGUAAAGUUUUCGUACGAGCUACCAAUUUACAAGUUCAUCUCGAUUGCGUGCAUAAGGAUUUGCGGGAUUCUGAUACAGUAUCCAUGCCACCAAUUUCUUUAGAGCCUUCUUCAGAAGCAGAAGCUUUGAGUCAUGUGGCCAGUGGUAUAGCAGCUUCCUUAGGCGUUGGAGACGGUGUUCCGUCGGAAUCACAGGAAGUGACUUCAAAUGUAUCCGAGUAUAUGGUACCAGAAAUGCAAUUAAACAAUAUUUCGCACGAAAUAACUUACAAUACACAUGAUAUUGAUGGACAGCAUAUGAUCAUGCUUAUCGAUAAUGAACAAUAUCAGCAACAAGAGACUGAACAACAACAACAGCCACAACAAUUAAACAUUAGCGACAAUGAGCAGAUUGUAAUGCAAGGCACGGAAGAUGGAAUGAGUUAUAUUCAUGGAAACGAAGAAGUAGAACGACAAACAUAUGAGAAUUAUCAUUCAGAAGAACUUACUGAAGAGACUGAAGAGAUAGUAGAGGAAGUAGUUGAAGAAGUUGAAGAAAAAGUGAUGGAUGAAGAUAUGCAAGUUGAGCAAUCUGAAAUAUUAGAAGAAUGCAGUUCUGACCAAGUAGAAGAAGUUAUACAAUAUGUAGAAGAACAGACAGAAAUAGUGGAAUAUGAUGAGCAAUGUAGCGAACAGAGUAACAGUGUAGGAGAACCUCAGGAAUCGGUUAUGAUAAUUGAAGAAGAACAUGUCGAGGGAGAGCAAGUGGAAAAAAAUGAUACGCAAAAUAAAACGAGAAGCUUUGCUGAAUGGGACGAGGAUAGCAGAGAAUUAGCUGAAUCAUAAAUAAUAAUAAUAUUAUUACAUUAGCUUUGUCAUUUUUUAUGUUUCAUCAAUAUCUACUAACAAACGACACGUUUCGGUUGCAUUUCAUUCUGCUUCUUUGUUCGAUUUCUGUAUAGUAGAUGAUUGAAAAUCGCUAUAUAUGCAGAUACAAAUGAAAUGAUGUAAAUGAUUUAUUUUACUUUUAAAGAAUUUAUCAUUAAACAAAACUAUCAUGCGAAAUAAUGUUUUAAUUAAUUUGUGCAAAUUGAUUUUAACUUUAACAUCUAUAACAAUAUACAAUGUAUAUACAGCUUGGAAGAAUAUGUAUACAUAUAUACAUAUAAUUAUAUUCAAUGGCUAGAGAUUGAUUUAAUGAUUAUAUUUGCAAAGAAAAGAAAGAAAGAGAAAAAAAGAGCUAUUUAUAAAUUCUUAAUUUCUACAUAAUUGUAACUUCCAAUUCUUUUAAUAUAUACAAUUGCACAAAUAUGUGCCAGUGAAGAAACGUGAAAU